AUCUAGAACGGCCUGAUACGUGUCACGGGAUAGCACUCAAGCGGUUGACCAAUCUCAGCCGCAAACCCGGGUCCAGGGCUCAAAUCCAACUUCUCCCCAUCCUUGCUUCUCCAGUCAAAGCACUGGACUAGAGCACCCACGGCGGCAUGCAUCAUCACCAUAGCCAGAGACGCGCCAGGGCACCCUCUCCUCCCGCUGCCAAACGGCAGGUGGCCAUCCACUGUGCAGUCCUCGGCGCACUCUCUGAUGAUCAAGGGCGCCGAAGGGUGGAGGCGUAGGGUUUCUCGAAUCACGGCUCGGAGAUAAGGGAGGUUGG